UAUGGUCUUUCACCAGGUUCGAAGUGUAAGGCGCGACAUCGCUCGCUCGCUUGCACGCUCGUUGCGCGUCUAAAUUAUUCUGCGGACGUAGCCCUGCGUUGUCGCUAUUGGCUGCCGAUAUCGGUAAGUGCAGCAGCUCUGGGCUGUUUUUUCCAGGUUGAUUAAACAUCCAAGCUAGGUUCCUGACUGUUUGAAUUUCAGCAUUCUUCGGGGCGGAGAUUUUGAAUUGCGAUUCUCUCUUGGAGACACAGAGAAAUAUGAACUCGAGCAGAUUUCGUGUUUGGUUUGACGAGGAAAGCUGUGGGGAAACACAAUGCUGAGUAGAGUGAUGAUUCGGGAGAUCCAUCUACCGAGUACUGGUGUUUGACGUUGUUAUGUAGCUAACGGCGAGAAACCCUAGAAAAGAUGAAGUUGGGCCCUCAGGGUCACUAUAACUUGAACGGGGACACUACAGUGGGGAACGCGCUUCACGACCUGAACACGAUUGAUUCCAGGAACCCUGAGAUUGAUGGGAUAACAGACACGGACAGGGAUGCACCUACUGGUGAUGAACUGGACAACGACGAUGAUUCUACGUCGAACGGGGACUGUGGACCACAGAACUAUGGAAACCUUCCGCUGCAAAGAGUGGACGGGCAUAAUCAUGAUAACUCCAUCACCAUGGAUAAUGGUGAAUCUCGUACACCUUAUGGUGUGCUGACAUCGAAUGACGUCCUUCCCAUCGAAUCAACAAGAGCUUUCUUCUUGCAGCUGAUUAUUGACUCCUUCAUAAGGUGUCAUGUUAUUCCGGCCGCGGAGGCACCUGAAGGAAACUCUUACAGCCCGAACGGAAAGGAUAAGUCAAAGAAGCGAAAAUCGAGGGAUGUUCAAUACGAAGGAGACCCUCGGUACUUGUUGCCUUUGACCUUUGUUGCCAAUCUGUACGAAACUUUAAUUCGGGAAAUAAACCAGCGAUUGGCAACCGUUGACGGUCUUCAGGAGAAGAGUUUUGGAGUGGCUCUCGAAGCCGCUGGUGGACUAUACAGAAGACUCGUGAAGAAGUUUCCCAAAUCAGAGUCCGAGGAGUCAAUGCAUGCAUCGAACUGCUUCCCUACAUCCCCAAAUACAUGUAGAGUUGGAAAUGGUGCCGUCGGAGCGACGAUGACUUUUAAGAGGCGUGAGGUGGCAUCCGCAUUAGAAGCCCGCAUAAAGUUUCCUCAACUAGUUACUGGCGAGGAGAAGCGCGUGCGUUUUGUUGUAGUGCAUGGCUUGGAGUUGGUGGAGAGACCUAACUUAUCCCCAGAGGAUGCGGAAUGGUUCAAGAGACUGACCGGAAGACACGAAGCACAGAUUUACGAGUCGGACUAUAAGUUUUUCGCAGCCAGGGUGAAGCACCGUCGCGCCCCUCAACACAGUUUGGCGUCGAUGGUAAUGCUACAGCCUUAUGCAGGUAGUGAGGCUGCGACGAGUUUGUCGCCUCCCAUCCUGCGUCAGCAGGGAUUCGAAAGCCAUGGGAUGGAGUGUCAGGGUUAUCCGGGUAGGGAUCCUGGGGGCUUACCGGCGCACGUGCUUCAGCACCAACAUCAGCUGCAUCAUCAUCAGCAGCAUCAACACUCUGCACAUGUUCAGUACCAACAGCAUUCACAGCCGACGGGGCAUACGCCUCCGCAUGUGGCACGUGAUAUGGAUGCAUCAGGAAUGCACGUAGCAGUCGUUCAGCCGACAGGUCCUUCCAAGUAUUGCGACGAGUGCGGGUCGGCGUACGUGCGGGAGACAUCGAAGUUUUGUUCAGAGUGUGGUACGAAGCGGGCUGGUGUGAUGUAGGAGAAGUGGAUAUUUAGAGGAGAUGAGGUAGGAUCCCAUGAAACCGGUGGCGUUCUCGGAGUGUGAUAUCGGGACAUAAAAAGAUUUGUACAGUGCAUUGUAGUCAGUGGGUGCCAGCACACUGAUCCGGCAGUUUUGGAGACUAAUUGGUCAUGUACCGAGUUGAGACUCGACUCCCUGGCGUUGUACACCGCGAGAAGUUUCAGAGGGUUAUGGUUCACCGUGCUGAAUUGUGCACGGAAGACACGGGACUGGUGUCCGACAAGUUAAUGAAGUUGGUAGCCGCAGAUAGGAGUAGUCAUCUCUUCACAUGUAGGACGGAUUGGAACAUGUAUUAUAAGGUAUGCUCAUUUGUUUGGGCAUUUCAAUUUACUGUUAUACGCAGGAGCCAGUCAGAGCAGGAGUAUUAUGCACUUUGUGACUUCCCUACGCAUGCAUUUGUACAUUGUACCGGUGUGCUUAGAUGUGCAGUGUGUUGCGGAAGUAAGCAUUACGUGAUCACGGGAACAGAUUUUUGUUGUGCUACCAAUCUGGUCUAUUAUUGUUGUGCUCAAUAGACAAACCUUUGUUGGCAUGUUGUCCA